UAAAAGGGCAGCAACUCGACUUGUCAAGCAUCAUUCUGCUCUCAGCGAUCUCAGCUGUUAUAGCACGAAGCUUCUCCAAGUCUCUUUAUCGAGCAACGACACAAUUACCUUCGCAACCAUGUACAAAUUCGUCGCUCUUUUCGCUCUCUUCGCCUGUGCCUUGGCCGCUCCAGCACCGGAACCUGCACCAGGUUUCCUGGCUGCACCAGCGAUUCAUCCGGCGCCGCUCGUCGCCGCCGCACCACUCGCUGUCGCCCACACAGUGCCUGUCGCCACCAGCUACGCCAACACCUACAAAGUCUCCGUCAAGAGCCCGGUAGUCGCCGCAUCUCCUUACUACGCUGCUCCCGUGGCCACCGCCGCCGUCGUCAAGACUGCCGCACCCAUCGUCGCUGCUGCACCAGCCGCAACCGUCCUCGCUCACGCUCCGGUCGUCGCCGCAUACUGAACCACGCUAUACCACGAUCAAACAACGGGUCCACAUCUCCAGCCGCUCUAGUCGACCGUGCUCUCUCCGAUCACGUCGAUAACGAGAUCGUUCCAUCCGGCAUCGGACAUGACUCGAAGAUCGACGCUGUCGGCUAAUUAUCGUCAAUAAAUUUUUGCUAAUUUUCAAUUUAAA